CUAACCUCUAGGUCCACCAUCGAAAAGGUAAACCGCGACGAUGGCGAUCAAACACAACCAGCAGAUUCAGAAGAAUCACUUCCACAAAGACUGGCAGCGCCGAGUGCGAGUGCACUUUGACCAGCCUGGUCGCAAGACUCGUCGUAGGAACGCUCGCGUUGCUAAAGCUGCCAAAGUCGCUCCUCGUCCUGUCGACAGGCUGCGGCCUGUCGUCCGAUGCUCGUCGAUUAAGUACAACCGCCGUGUUCGCCCAGGCCGUGGUUUCACCCUCGCUGAGUUAAAGACCGCUGGUAUCCCCCGCAAGCUCGCGCCCACUAUUGGUAUCGCCAUCGACCCUCGACGUCAGAACCUUUCCGAGGAAAGCCUCAAGGCCAACGUGGAGCGUCUCCAAGCGUACAAGAAGCGCCUCAUCCUCUUCCCUCGCCGCAAUGGCAAGGUGACUAAGGGUGACGCUUCCGCUGCAGAGGUCAAGGCUGCCAAGAAAGGCGAAAACACCGUUGUAUCCACAACCUCGGUCCUUCCCAUAAAGAAUGUCGUCGAGUUCGAGGAGGGCCCGAUUGGCAACUACAAGGGUGAUGAGAAUGCUUACAGGAAGCUCCGUGACGCGCGCUCUGAGGCUCGUCUUAUCGGUGUUCGUGAGAAGAGAGCCAAGGCCAAGGCUGAGGAGGAGCAGACCAAGAAAAAAUAAAUUACUAAUUGUGUUGGUUCGGAGUGCUUAAGAUACGUCGAGGUAGGCACUAAAAUGAUGGUCACGGUUUGGCCACGGGAACUUAUGCAUGGACGGCGUCAAUGGAAUGUAUAGGUCUCUGCAAGCAAUGACAAUGUGUCAAUGAUAUCUAGUUAUGCACAAUGCAAGCCGCCAUUCGCCCCAAUGAUAUGAAGUUUUCAUAACCGGUGUCCCUCGUAGCUUCAUAUGCUGUGAUCACUCUAGAGCUGGUGUUUCCUGGCCUCUAGAAUGGUAUAUCUAGUUCCAAUGCCAU